CUCUUGGGUCGGUCUUACGUGCCUGUUUAAACCCGGGAUUUUUAUUUUCCUUUAAAAAACAUAUACAAAAACCCUUGUUUCUCGCUCAGUCUCUGUUGGGUUCUACCUCAAACUUACACGAGCUCAGAACUCGUAAGGUUUUGUGUGGAUUCCGGAUCCAGAUAAGCGAUUGCGAGAAGUGAAUGGGUUCGUUAUAGGUUGAUUUCCAUUUGUUAUAGAACCGACUCAUGUGCAAACCUUGAAAAGAUGAGUUUGAUCUUAAGAUUACGGAAUCAUUUGCCUAAUGGAAUUUGCAGAAGACCCCUUAUUUCUUCCGUUGGAGCACUGAACCCUGGUAGAUUAAAUGGAUUUUGUCGAAACUUUGGUCGACCUGCAAGGCAAGAAGAGGAAGAGGAGGAAGAGGUGGAGAUUGACCAAAGAAGACUCCCUGCUGAUUAUGAUCCAGCAACAUUUGAUCCCACGGAGCAUCGUAGUCCUCCAACUGAUCGGGUUUUUAGGCUUGUCGAUGAAAUAUCAUCACUCACACUGGUUGAAGUUGCUGAGCUGGGUUCCAUUUUGAUGAGAAAAAAGGGAAUGACGGAACCACCAGUUGUAGGAGUCAUGAAGCCAGGAGCUGCUGGAAUAGGAUUGGCGACGAAGGGACCGUCGGCAGCUAAGGAGGAGAAGAAACCGGAAAAGACUCUAUUCGAAUUGAAAUUGGAGUCAUUUGAGGCUGCUUCAAAAAUAAAACUGAUCAAGGAGGUAAGGAGCUUCACCGACUUGGGACUCAAGGAAGCAAAGGAUUUAGUGGAGAAGGCGCCAUCGGUGCUAAAGACAGGAGUGUCAAAGGAAGAAGGAGAGCAACUAAUAGAGAAGCUGAAAGCUCUUGGCGCAAAAGUUUCUCUUGAAUGAAAUAAAAAAGACGAUCAAGAUUUAGUCCUCUUUGCGAGAUUAGUCAAUGUGAUGUACUCCUCUUCGCGAGA